CAUGAGGGCUUGUUGAUGGCUCCUGUGACUCUUCUGACGGUCCUGGUGUCUGAGGCAGAUAACCCUGACCACUGUGCCCGAAAAGAAGUGAUUAAACGCAUAAGGAACCAAGGCUAUUGGUCACCUUACUUGCAAGCAAUGGUGGAUGAGAUCCUAAGUCAAUGUGAAAUCUGUGCAGUGCGAAAUGUGAGGAAAGGUAUUCAAACCCCGGCUGGACACAUUCCAGUGCCGGAAGGUCCAUUCAAACACUUAAUCAUAGACUAUGUUGAUAUGCUCAAAACAGUGCAGGGAAAACGCUACAUGGCGGUCAUCAUCGAUGCCUACAGCAGGUGGGUAGAGGCCGUCCCUUCCAAGGAUCUGGGGGCAGAAACUGUGGUGAAGUUUUUGAUCAGAGGGGUAAUACCACGGUUUGGCUUCCCAUCAAAAAUCUCAUCUGACAAUGGUGCAGCAUUUGUUCAAAAAGUAGCACGGGGGAUCUUACAACAGCUGCGAAUCAAGCAACAUCUGGGAGCUGUGUAUCAUCCACAAAGCCAAGGUCCUGUUGAAAGAGUCAAUGGGACCCUCAAAACACGCAUUGGUAAAAUCUGUGCUAGUGCAAAACUAAACUGGGUCGACGCAAUGCCGCUUGCUUUGCUGAGUUACCCCAUGCAAACUCAUAGUGCUACUCACUUAUCGCCGCAUGAAAUGCUUACUGGCCGACCAAUGCCGACCCCACAAUUCAGGGAGCCGUAUAAAGGCCCCACAUUGGAGCAGUUGCAAGGUGAAUUAACUGAGUAUGUGAGACAACUUACUGCUAUCCAUAAGUCUAUAUAUUUACAGGAAAAGCGUAAGGAGUCUCAGCUACAGGUGGAGUUGGAGAGGCUGGUGAAGCCAGGUGACCGGGUCUACAUAAAGGUGUUCCGGAGAAAGUGGCACGAGCCGAGACGAGAAGGGCCUUACGUGGUGGUUCGAGCGACGCCGACUGCAGUCCAGGUCGAGGGCAGCACCACGUGGUAUCAUCUCAACCACUGCACCAGGGCCACCUGCCCAGAUGAGGAGAGUAAAGUGCCGUUGGGGCUUCCAAGAGAGCGGUUCGAUGGGUCACACACUCCAGCUACUAAUGAGACUUGUUCUGCUCUGGCUACUGACAGGAAACCUGCAGAGUGCAAGCCUGUCAGAGACAUUGAAGCCACAAAAAAAGCCACAGUCAAAGGUGAAUCUGAACCGGCAGGAGGCGGGUAUGGAUCACGAGUGCCUGCCACCGAGAGGAGAGAAUGAAACACGUCCAGAUGAUCGGCACAUGAACAACUAUGAAGCAGACCUUCUUAGAGCAGAUGCCUCAAGCUCCUGGACACGAGGGUCCAAAAGAUGACGGUGAACAGGAUGGCUGAGUUCCAGAUGGUCCAGAUGCACAUCGAGAGCCUGUGUCCUGAGUAUACUCAUGGAGGAAAUCACUGGAGUGACGUGAGUGUGUGACCCCAACGUGGGAGUUGCGACAGAAGCUGAAAGACCUCUGGAGCUGUUGGAAGUAUCUUUCAUUUCCUGUGGAGAGCGGUGGAAUUAUUUUUUUCUUUUUCUUUUUGUUCUUUGGGGAACAGCUGGUUUCC